AUACAUGAACAGCUGUAACCACACAAACAUUACGGUGUCUAAUUUUAUAUAUUUAUAUAUAGUCAUUUGCUAUUUUUUUGUAGGACCUACACAAGUAUUUCACCCCAAUCGCACCAGAAGCAACGGAGGAAACGGAAGUAGAAGGCAGCUUCGGUUCAGAACGGGACAUUUUAUUCAGUUGACAGCUGUCACAGAAACAUGAAGUUGCUGUUUGUUAUCUGCUUACAGUUUGUUUUGGAAACAUGCUGUACAGGAAAAGAAGGGCAACCCAAUUUUGUACUAAUAAUGGUUGAUGAUCUAGGCAUUGGAGACUUGGGUUGUUAUGGAAACACUACCUUAAGAACCCCCAAUAUCGACACUCUAGCCCAGGAGGGAGUGAAGCUGACCCAGCACAUCGCUGCAGCUCCGUUGUGCACCCCCAGCAGAGCUGCCUUCAUGACAGGCAGAUACCCCAUCCGAUCAGGAAUGGCAAGUUACAGCAGAUCAGGAGUUUAUAUAGUUGCUGCUGCUUCAGGAGGACUUCCAACUGAGGAGAUAACAUUUGCUAAACUUGCAAAACAAAACGGUUAUUCCACAGCACUCAUAGGAAAAUGGCACUUGGGUUUGAACUGUGAAAGCAACCAUGACUAUUGUCACCAUCCACUCAAUCAUGGUUUUACCUAUUUUUACGGAAUUACAAUGACCAAUUUGAGAGACUGCCAGCCUGACCAUGGCACUGUAUUCUCAAAAGUGUAUGGUCACAUACCCUUUCCAAGUAUUGCGGUUGCUUUAAUCGCAGUGCUGGUCUUUCAUUCUUGUGGGAUUAUCAUUGUACCCAGGAAGGUUGUGUUGUGGGCUGCUCUGCCUAUUGCGUUUUGUCUGGUUCUCUUUGCAAUCUUUGUUUGGACGUUUCCAUAUCUGAACUGUGUCCUCAUGAAAAACCAUCAGAUAGUCGAGCAGCCAUUCUCAUCUGAGAAUCUAACUCUGAGGAUGACGCAUGAAGCUAUAAAGUUCUUACAAAGAAAUAGAGAACAGCCUUUCUUACUUGUCUUUACCUUUUUGCAAGUCCACACAGCACUGUUUGCUUCACAGAGAUUUAAGGGGAAAAGCAAACAUGGUUUAUAUGGAGAUGCAGUCGAAGAGGUGGACUGGAGUGUUGGUCAAAUAAUGAAUACUUUGGAUCAUCUAAAUCUAAAUGAGAGGACACUUGUCUACUUCACAUCAGACCAGGGUGCUCACCUUGAGGAAAUAUCCCCCAUAAACGGUGACAUUCAUGGAGGAUGGAAUGGCAUUUAUAAAGGGGGGAAAGCAACAAACUGGGAAGGCGGAAUUCGUGUUCCUGGGAUUGUAAGAUGGACUGGGGUGCUACCUGCUGGCACACACAAUGACCAACCAACCAGCAAUAUGGAUGUUUUCCCAACUGUUGUGAACCUAGCAGGAUUACCUGUGCCCAGCGAUAGAAUUAUAGAUGGGCAUAACUUGAUGCCCCUGCUGCAAGGAAGCGUUCUGCAAUCUGAACACGAAUUCCUCUUCCAUUACUGUAAUGCAUAUUUAAAUGCUGUACGUUGGCACCCCAGACAAAGUGACAACAUUUGGAAAAUAUUUUUUUUCACUCCCAAUUUCUAUCCAGAAAAUUCAAACGGCUGCAGCCAUACACAUGUGUGCCUUUGUACGAAGGGCUAUAUCACUCGCCAUGAUCCGCCUCUGCUUUUUGACCUCUCCAAGGACCCAUCUGAGGAGAUCCCUUUAACACCAGAGACAGAGCCAAAUUUCCAUCUAAUUAUGGCUGUAGUUCAGCAAGCUGUUGCCAAUCACACCAAAACCCUGAGUGAUGUUCCAGACCAGCUGUCAUUGAGUAAUGCUAUCUGGAAACCUUGGCUACAACCUUGCUGCUCUUCCCUGUCAGAGUUAUGUGUUUGUGAUAAAGACAACUCGGAUGUGAAUUUGUAAAGAAACAGUGACUGUUUUCUGUUUUCUUUUUCUUGGGUUUUUAUUUUUGAAUAAUCAACCCAAUCUGGACACUUCCGGCUAGUUUCACAGACUACUCUGUGGUAAUUUAGGUAGUCCAAGCUAAUCAGGGUCUAUGAAACUAGCCGUUAAAGAGACUAACAGCAAGCUCAGUUUCUCAGGCCAGACCAGUCAAAUGCCAAUUUAGUCAUUAACAAGUUGGCUAGAAUUUUCAGUCCAGACUGAUUGCACCAUAAUCCUGUGGGCUUCUUAAUCCUAUAAUCUAAAAGCGUUCCAGCAUUUAUUGUAGCCCAUUGCCCUUGAGAGUUCCAUUUGUUAGGACAUUUUGGAUUUUUUUUUUUUUUUUUAAUGCGACAAA